AUGGAAUUUUCACCUUCCCGUCGAAUCACCGUCUCGUCAGGUCCGUUUGUUUGCACUGAUCCCGGCUGUCAUAAAUCCUUUCUACGCAAAGAGCAUCUUAAUCGCCAUUUGGUCAUACAUACAAACUCGCGCCGGCAUAAAUGCUUCAUCUGUGGCCGAAGCUUCGCCAGGAGUGAUAUUUUGAACCGACAUGUGCUUCAGCAUAAUUUACCUCCAGACGGCGCAAAAAGAACACCAUUGGCAUGCCAAACCUGUCGCCGUCGUAAAACAAAAUGCGAUUCCAACUACCCCUGUUCUACAUGUGCCAAUAGCGGGGAGCCGUGCGUGCGUGAACCGUCUAGCAUGCAGGCAUUGAUCCCUAAAUGUUCCCUAGAGGAGGAAGAGAGGCCAAUAGAAGCUACAGAGGAAGUAGACCUCGAGGGGGCUGGAAACCCGAUUAUACCAAAUGCUGAGGAUACCUCUCCUAUACGACUGGAUUGGAAUCCCCCGACAGACCGAAGCGCCAGCAAUAGCGUUACCAAUACUCGCCCCGUCUCAAGGAAUUUCAGCCCAGAUCAGGGACCCCCAACCGACCCAUUAAUGGGUAUAAAUUCCGAGCCCAACACAGCCACAUCCACGAAGAAUAAAACCCCUCCUUUAUACUACGGCGAGCCACCUGACAUUAUGAGUCUUCCAUUUGACGCACUAGUGCGGCAAUCUUCGGAAACGAGAGAUCGCUUCGGUACAGACCAAUCAUCAUCUGAAAUACACAUGAGCGAUAUACCAACCUUUACCCCCAGCCUGAGUUUUUCAACUACCUCAAUACUUAGGAUGGCAGGCCCUGAGAUAUCCACCCCAGCAUCAUCCAGCGUGUGGUUGCAGCUGCACGAGGCCAUUACAAGCCAAGUCCAGUUCGUUACUGCACAGAUCAAAUCCAUUGAAUUUGAGCAUUUCCACCAGGCGUGGCCCUUUUUACACGUUGCCACUUUUUCACCCGAAAAGCAGACUAAUCUGUUGACGAGUGCAUUGGCCAAUGUAUGCAUGUGGAUGCAAAACGCCAACCGUCACCAUCUGAUUCCGUACGCAAUCAAUCAGGACCUAACACGGGCACUAAUGCCUAAGAUAGCACCUGCAUCUACUUUGAACUGGGCAGCACAGUGGACCGACAUUGGAAUCUUCACUUUGCGACGACUUGGUGUCUUGGAUGAUCGGUGGCAGCCGGAAGAACACCUGCAGUCCGCUGAUGAUCGAUGGGUCCAAACUGAGGAGAUGAAACGGCUGGCAUACGUGAUUUUACGCAUCGAUACCUAUUUGUGCAUUAUCCUUGAUCGGCCCCCUACCAUGCGAUACCAAGAGUUCGGACCACCAUUGCCCGUGUCAGAGGGACUAUGGCGAGCAGAGACUAGGGCGGAUAGAACAAACUUCCACUGGUAUGAACCGGCGGGGCGAACCAAAAGUGCAUUUUCCACGAUGGUUCGUGACGGACUGGAGUCGAGUGGAUUCAUGACUGGAUAUCUUCGAAUGCCUCAUCUGUCCCUCGAGGAUAAUCACUUCAGUCUCUGUGCGUUCUUGUCGGAGCUAUGGGGGGUUUCGAAAGAGGCCCACGCGGAGCACCAUCGAAACUACCGCUCACCCGAAUUGAACCGCACCGCAGACCGAGUCAAGCUUUGGAAAGGCUAUCUCCAGGACUGGCGAGUCCACAUUGAAAAGACCGACAAGCUGGAAGAGACGUUCUUUGGAGAGUGUUUAAGCGACUACAGCCAUUUCCUCGGUCUCGACCUUACCCUAUACCAUCUUCUUUGCCUCAAGCUCCAUGCCAAUCUCCGAUUGCUCGAACACAAGAAAUGCUGCUCGGGCUGCCAGGAAGCCACCAUCGAAAAUGUCAUUAGUCUCUGGGCCCGAUCCCCCGACGGUCGCCAGGCGGUCUACCACGCCGCUCAGUUGAAACGUAUCUACGAGCGCGAGAGCAAUCUUUACAAACUCAACGACCAACGUCUGUGCAACGUGCUAGGGCCUGCCGGCUUGUUGGCCAGUGCCACUGUUCUCUGCACCUACAGUGCCAAGGCGCCCGGGGUUAACACGCCUGAGGGGGACAUCGUUAUGAGAGCGCCGGCUGAUGCAAUCGAGCUGGGUCAGUCGAACCUGGUGGGCUCGCCUGAGUUCAAGAAUUGGAUCUCUCAGGGUGGCCCUGCGACCGUGGACGGGGUCUCCUUGCAUCCGUUCUCAGUUCCCCGCUUCUCAUCCUGGUACCGCGAUCGGUUAGAAAGCUGUCCUGUCUACUCGUCGCGGUUGGUCAGCUUCCUCCUCACAUUGAAAUUCUGA